CACCCCCCGGCCCCGCCCCGGCCGCCCGCCGUCAGCCUGCGGACACGCCCUCUGUCGAGGGACAGGGCUGUCUACAGAAAGAAGAUUUUCACAGGGUUCCAUGUUGGUGGUGCCUCUCACUCUGCCCUUAGAGAGGUGAGCGGGCUCCUCCAAGCCACCAGCUCCGGUUGGGAUGCUCUGACUUACGACACAUCUGAACACAUGCCGUCCAGGGACCUGCUCUGACUCGGAGAGCCUGCUUAUGGGGGAAGGUGACACUGUCUGGGCCCCAUCUGUCCUUCCUCACGGCACCCUCGGCACCUUGAGCCGCCACCCCCAGCUGCAUUUUGGAAGAAAGAUGGAGUCCAAGGUCUCAGAAGGUGGCCUGAACGUGACGCUGACAAUCCGCCUGCUGAUGCACGGAAAGGAAGUUGGAAGCAUCAUUGGGAAGAAAGGAGAGACAGUGAAGAAGAUGCGUGAAGAGAGUGGGGCGAGGAUCAACAUCUCGGAGGGAAACUGCCCAGAGAGGAUUGUGACCAUCACGGGCCCCACGGACGCCAUCUUCAAGGCUUUUGCCAUGAUCGCCUACAAGUUUGAGGAGGACAUCAUUAACUCCAUGAGCAAUAGCCCAGCCACUAGCAAGCCCCCAGUGACCCUGAGGUUGGUGGUCCCUGCCAGCCAGUGCGGGUCCCUGAUUGGCAAAGGCGGCUCCAAGAUCAAGGAGAUCAGGGAGUCCACAGGUGCCCAGGUCCAGGUGGCCGGGGACAUGCUGCCCAACUCCACGGAGCGGGCGGUGACCAUCUCGGGGACCCCUGACGCUAUCAUCCAGUGUGUCAAGCAGAUCUGUGUGGUCAUGCUGGAGUCCCCACCGAAAGGUGCCACCAUUCCCUACCGCCCAAAGCCCGCCUCCACCCCUGUCAUUUUUGCAGGUGGUCAGGCCUACACGAUCCAGGGACAGUACGCCAUUCCCCACCCAGAUCUGACCAAGCUCCACCAGCUGGCCAUGCAGCAACCCCCCUUUCCUCCCCUCGGACAGACCAACCCCGCUCUCCCCGGAGAAAAGCUGCCUUUACACUCCUCCGAAGAAGCUCAAAAUCUGAUGGGCCAGUCGUCAGGUCUGGAUGCCAGCCCCCCGGCCAGCACUCAUGAGCUCACCAUUCCCAAUGAUCUAAUAGGCUGCAUAAUUGGACGCCAAGGGACCAAAAUCAAUGAAAUUCGACAGAUGUCUGGAGCUCAGAUCAAAAUUGCCAAUGCCACGGAGGGGUCGUCAGAGCGCCAGAUCACCAUCACAGGGACCCCGGCCAACAUCAGCCUCGCCCAGUACCUCAUCAAUGCCAGGCUGACGUCCGAGGUCACUGGGAUGGGCGCGCUGUAAUCCCACCGGUCCUCCGCCCGCCCGCUCACGACUCUGUACAGACUGCCCCUCCUUGCAAAUAUAAAGAGGUUUCUUUACUAAGAAGUAUCUCUGCCCUGGAGCUCCACCGGCAGCGCAGGUCCGUCCGUCCGUCUGUGUGUGCUCCGGACCCUGACGCUGCCGCCCGGCUCGCCCUCGCCGGCCCCUCGCGCAUCGGCAUGCAGUGUAGUGCUUCUCCGUGCUUCGGGGCACUCCCAGCUGUGACGUCUUAGAAACCUUGUCCCUUAGUGUCCGUGUAACUGUUUUAAGAGUAGGUUUGGCGCUUUGGCGGCCCUUCUGCCGCGUCCCCUCCUCGGCCACCUGGAGCCACGGCUGCUUUGGGUGGCCCUCUCCCCGCCUCCGCCUGUGCCGACCCGGCUCCCUCCCCUGUGGUCUGCGCUGGGCGGGUGUGCCCCGCCUUUGUUCAGAGGGAAGGAGGAGGGGGUGGGGUCCUGACCCGAGGUGCAGGGUGGGUGGGGGUGCCAGCCCCCGCUUCCCGGGGCUGAGCGCGCCGACCGGCCGGGGCGCCUUGGCGGGCACCGCUCCGAGUUCAAUAAACGUGG